CAGCUAUGUGUAUGUGAACGUCUGCCGCUGAGCAGACUUUGCGUGUUUAAAUGUACUCUCCUUCGUUUAUUGCAAUGUCUUUUACAACCAUGGUAAACAUUCGGGGAUUAUAAUCUGUGGGAAGUUUCUUUAUCUCAUCUGUGGUCUUUGAUUUUCUCGCCGCCGCGCGAGCAAAAUCUUUCUGCUGUGUGUGAUUUCCUCGCCGCUGUGCGAGCAAAAAAAAAAAGAGAAAAGGAGACAGAGGCUCGCCGCAGUGCGAGGCAGUAAAAAAAAAAAAAGGCAGGAAAGAGGAGAGGUGAUCUCUGGGUUUGAAUAUGGCGCAGGAGGUCGACAGGGAGAAAUAUGAUCCAAAGUGGGGCAUCGGGCCAUGGAUUGCGCUCAGUGAGCAAAUAGAUGGAUUAAUAACUUAUCUGGGGGAACAUGACGAAUUCCAAACGGACGGGGACGGACAAAAAAUACAAAAUAAAUUAAAAGGUCUGGUUGAAAUGGGUGGAGGCGAUUUGCUAAGCAGACAGCCCCUGGGGAAACAUUUGCUGCAGGGAAUCAACAAUUCUAAAAAACAUUUGAUAGACACUAUGCAAAAAGAAGGAGAAGCAGGAGUUUUCACUAACAGAAGCUGUAAAACAAACGAGCAGAAUGCUGAGAGAGAACUCAGGCAGAGGGAAGAACUUUUGGUUUUCUGGCAGGGACUUUCACAUGCAUUUGAACACAAAAAACAAAAAGUUGCCACCAGCUCUGAACACACAAACAUAAAUACAGACAAUUCACUUCCUCCACCAUAUAGUGGAGACGAAACUCGGCCUUCCCAGGGCAUUUAUCCCAUAGUUAACAUUACACAGGGAACUUUAGCAGUCGAGGGGGAGACAGCUACCCCACAAAACGCUCCCGAAGUCCACACUGGGACUGAUACCCCGAACUGGACUAUAUUAGAUCAGACCCCGUCCACACCAAAUCCCAUGGCUUGGUCUCAGUUAAAUGACACCUUUGUCAGAUCUGCUCAGAGGUUGCAGAACCUGUGUGACAGAGCAGAACAGAUGGAGAGAGGAGAGAUAAAAUCUAAUUCAGCCAAAAACGUUCAAAUUAAAAUGGAUGCAAAUGGAACGUGGGUUUCAGAGGAGAACCUUACAGAUAAAACUGAUGAACUGAGAGAGGUCUAUCACAUCUCGUGCCCUCUAGAGAGCAUGCGUGGCUUAGGCCUUCACACAGCAGAAGGACAGCACGCCCUGGUUGGGAGCAACACAGGGGCUUAUCCUCUUUUGAAAAACAGUACUGAGGGUCAGAAAUACGUUCCUUUUCCUCUAGAUGACAGAGAGGCCAUAGUAGAUAAACUGCCCAGUAUUACAGCUGGUGGGAGUCUUUGGUUGGCAGAGUUAGACCUGCUGACCUCUGGAAUGACUCUAGCGCUGGGAGAUUUCAGAGCAAUAAUGAGCAGAGCUAUGUCUGGCAUGGUUAUGAGAGACAUAGAACACGCAGCAGGGACCCAAAAUGUAAGUAAUUCUACUCCAGCACAUCAAUUCAUCACACCUUUGGCACGGGAAAUAAAAAGGCAGUUUCCACUGGCCACAAUCGCUCCCAUCACCAGGUUUGAAUGGGAUUACAGCAUGGAUCCUAAAGAAUACAUAAAUAAAGCUGCAGAAACCUGGUUCGGAAAAACUACAAUUAAUCCAAAAGGCCCACACUCAAACUUAACUGAAAUGUUUAGAGAGGCAAUCUUGAAAGGUGUUCCUGAACAGGUUGUACAAUCUAUAAGAAACAACCCAGAUUUGACAGGGUGCGAGCACGUUAGGUGGGAGAGACAUUUGCUUCAUCACUUAAUAAAGGCACAAGAUGAGUUCAAGAAAAAGCAGUCUGACACAAAGGAUUUAGAAAUUCAACUGUUGAAGCUCCAAUUGCAGGAAGCAAAACAAAAAUUGAAAAAAAAAACAGAUAAAAAGGAACAUGUGAUGGUUGUGGCUGCAGGUGCCGGAACCCCCACACAGAAUGCAACUUCCUGGCAAAACACUAAUCAGAUUGGGGAGGACUGGUUCCUCCUCCUGUUUUUUCUGUUUCAUAUCCCCAAAACAGGUACAGAGCGUUUCCUCGUGGGCGGGGAAGGCGUUUGGCCGGUCACGAGGGCGGUGCUCCGUGGAGGGGUCGUGGGGCGCGGAUCAGGGGACCACAGCAGGAGGACAUAUGCUACCGAUGUGGACGUGUUGGACACUGGGCAAAACAUUGCUGGGCCAUACCAAAUCACGGGGAACCAGGUAUGAUCCCCCACAAUCCCAAUGUUAUACCUGGACAGUCUUUUCAGGGGAAUAACGAGCCCACACAGAACAUCUAGUGACACGCCCCUGGAGACCCACAGCCCAGCAUGGGAACUGCAGACCCCAUGUUGUCAGCAACACUGGAGGGGAGAGAAACACACUUCCUGGUGGACACAGGUGCUACACACAGCACAUUGAACUUUGUUUCUCCCCUUAGUUUGACGUCACAAACUGUAUCUUUAACUGGGUUCUCAGGGACAGAACAAAGUCUGCCUUUCACUAAGCCUCUGACCUUCACACUGGGCAAUCAGCACCUGCAACAUUCUUUUGUCAGCUCUCCCACAACUCCCGUCAAUUUGCUAGGAAGAGACUUACUGAUAAAACUGGGAGCAACAAUUAUGUGCUCUGUGAAUGGAUUAAUUGUUUCAUUUCCCGAUGGCACGUCCCUCCCUUGUGCAAACUUUCUCACGGAUGGACAAUUUCUCAUGCAGCCAAGUGUUUCUGAGUGUGCAGACAUACAUUGGGGCCUUUUAACGAACUUACCCUCCAGCCGUCUAAUGUCAACGUUUGUGGACUGGAAACCUUGGCUCCUGUGUCUGCGCUCCUACGUCUCUCCUCCGGAUCCCCCCACGUGACCCUGUUCUACGACAGAGACGUCUCUGAAUGGUACCAGGAACCUUUCCUUUCCACUUUGGAGGAAACAACCUGGGAGCACCAAGCAAAAGAAUUGGGCCCAAUGAUGAAACGCUCCCUGGCAGCCACAGAUUGGAUUGCGACAGCAGUGCCAGGUUUGUUUUUCUCCCCUUCUCUUGACACAUAUAAGAUCAGCUUUUCAGGGUCUGAAACAGUAGAACUUCAUCAUGAACAUGUCCAGGCAUCACGGUAGGGAAAAAUCAGACCACUCUUCAGCAGAACAUAUGAUAACAUCUAUGCCUGCAUCUCUCUGGGCGGAAACGCCUACGGAUGUGGGGCUGGUCUCCUGUUCUCCUAUUCCAUUUCAGGUGGACUCUGAGAGACCCCUCUGGAUUCCUCAGUAUCCACACAAAUCCGCAGCUGAACAGGGCAUCGCAGAGACAAUAACAGGACUGAUUGAGGCUGGAGUGCUGGAACCCUCACAGUCUGACUGGAACACACCCAUUUUGCCAGUGGAGAAAAAAGGAUGUUUUGCAGGACUGUCCUCUCCCUCC